UAUACAGAAGCGGCUCAUUAUAUCGGGUUGUCUGACACAAAGGACAUUAAGGAAAAGUGUUGACAUGAAAACCUUCCUGUUGGUGAUCACCAUUGGGCUGAUAUUAGCCGGGUGCUCCUGCAAACCAUCACAGCUAUCAUUUGGAGAUGCUGUCAAGUUUCUCAAAGUCGGGGGUCAGAUAUCCUACGACUUGAAUAUCAGCAAAUGCAGCAACAAUCUUCCCAAGGAUAUCCCAUCCUUCUCGUGGGGGGACAGGGUAGACGACGUCAUCAUCUUGGAUGAGGGGACCGACUUCUCGGUAGAAUUCUCUAUCACCAGGAAGGUCAACGGCAUAAGGUAUAACCUGACAGAUCGCCCUGUACGGUUCACUCAGGUAUCCAUCAGUAACGACCAGGUUUUUGUGGAGAUCACGGACGUCAAUGAAGAUGUUCCCGACUUUCUUUCAACAGGCUCUAUUCAGUGUGCAAAUAAAGAUGGCGGUGUUGUUGUCAACAAGUUGUCCACACCAGGGGGAGAGGUGACCACCCAGGAGGACCUCAUCAACCACCUCCGCAUGGGCUACGACUUGACCUACGUGCUUCAGUGGGAUAAGUGCUCCCCGGGUAACACUACGACCAACAAGUGGUGGUCAGGGAGAAUAUCGGGUUAUCGGUUUGGCCACAACGGUGGCGUCAGCUUCACCCAAAUUGUAGACAGUGCCCAAAAGGAAUUCUUCAUUGAAGUCAGUGUCAUGAAGUCCAGUGUCAAGGUCCAGAUGUUCAACAUUGAAAGGUUACAAAGACAGCAGGGGUCGACGGAAACAAGGAUGUGUGCAUUAGGCCAGAGCUAUCGUGUCUUUACACACCAAGACGCAUAGUGCCCUUCAAACGAUCAAUAAAUCCUGCCUGUAUUUAGU